UGUCAUCUUUCAAGUAAGACUGACCUGAUCAAGUUCCUGGGAUACAUAUGGUCUUGUCCUGUUUCUAACCAACUCAUCAUGGAUACUGAUGCCCUUUGCAGUCCUGUUCUUCUACAAGUACACAGUCUUCAUGUUGGAAGUGUCUGUCUUGCUUCACUGGGUAAACAAGAGUUCAAAAAAAUCACUGGGCAUUCUUCCACAGCUGUGACAUCUUUACUCGUACCAUUGUGUAACCCAAUACCUGCUAUCAGGAAGGGCGCAAUAUUGUGUCUGAAGAGUCUGAGGUCAUCAUUUACCCUCCUACCCCCCGUGGGUACAUUUGUUGAUCUGUUAGUGGAGAGUGGAGAGGAGUUAGAGGCUGAUCAUGAACACCUUCAAAGAUUAUUGUCUCUAGCCUUCAGCUGCCUAUCUUCGUCACCGGCCAAAAAUUCACAAACGAAGUCUAGAAAAUCAGAAGAAGAGAUGGUUUUAGCUGGGAUGUUGGAGUACGUCGUUGGACACACAGUCAGGAAAGAGACACCCAUCUAUGUGCAGAAGACGUUAUUGACAGUCAUGUCUGGUGUCAUUACACAGCCACUUUUUGAGUCAUGUAUUCCAGCACUGGAGAAACUUAUAUCAAAGAGCAGAACAACUGGUCUAUCAAAAGAUGAAAAUACUUGCCUCAGUUUACUUAUACAAAAGUUCUCACCAGUAACUGCCGAUAUGUUGGAGUCUGAACCAAGGGUCUGGCAUAUCAUGAAGACAAUACUUGAUCUUAGAGUGUCUGUGUGUCCUGGACACCCACCACCUAUUGUAAUCUUGCUAACACAGAUCAACAACACUUUUUUCCAAGCGAUUCCUUCCAAGACUAUCCAACAAGAAAUCCUCUCAACCCUUCUAGACAUACUACUACACACAAAGAAUGACACCAUCAACAGCAAAGUAAAAGACACUAUCUCACAGAUGAAACUGAGUGCUGAGCACGUCAUGGAAGAGCUGUGUAAACUGAAAACAGAAAAGGAAUUAAAAACACCUAAGAAGAAGAAAGUGAAAAAAAGUCCAGUGGUAGAGGACUUACAGUCGGUAGAAACGGCAUCCUGGCAAAGAGUGAUUAUCAUCCUGGAGUUACUACAACAUCUGGCUGUUACAGACGAACAGCUGAUAUUACCAGCAUUGUUCUCCAUACUCGCAAGGUGUGUGGAAAUGGAUUCCUCUUCACCAGUAAACUAUGACUAUAUCAUGCAGAUAUUACUGGGUCAGAUACUCAGUAUAUGCCAGAGGGUGGGCAAAGAUGGGAAACAUGACAAGAAAGAUAAUAAUUUACCAGAAGACAAAUUCAAUGUUGAACUUAUCGUACAGUGUAUCCGUGUAUCUGAUAAUCCCCAGACACAUCAUCAUGCUCUUCUCCUAUUGGCUGUGGCAGCAAACCUCUUCCCUGAAAAAGUACUUCACAAUGUCAUGUCAAUAUUUACUUUCAUGGGAGCAAAUGUCAUGAGACAAGAUGAUAGUUACAGCUUCCAAGUUAUUAGUAAGACUGUUGAUACAGUCAUCCCAGCUCUUAUACAGGCAGGAGAGAGGCAACAGCUUCCAAAGCUGGAUUCUAAGGGAUCACCUGCCGUCUCACUGGACGAUAUUGUUGCCAUGGUAAUAAGAGUGUUUGUGGAUGCAUCGCCACAUGUCCCAGAGCAUCGCCGUCUGCCUGUCUUUUCUCAUUUAGUGUCCACUGUUGGUGCGUCAAGGUUUUUGCAUGUGACAUUGGUACUCUUGUUGGAGAAAUAUGUCAUUCAUUCGCCAGAAACAGAAGAGGAGGAGGAUGGGACUGUUCAUUCUCCACUUGAUUUAGACUUUUGCUUGUCCUUGUGCCAGGAAUUUGAGCCAGAGAUCCAGGCUGAAGGAGUGCUAAAGCUUUUACAAUAUCUAACAAAAUUACCAGCAGAAAAGACAGAUGUUCCUCAUCGCACCAGGAGUAACAGAAGAUCAACGGCUCUGUUCUCAACCAGUUCACCCCUCUUUGACGUCCAAGCUCACACUGCUAAGCAUUUACGACAGUUCAAGUUCAUUGCCAUGGGUUUCAUCUCUACAGUGCUCAGCAGUGACGGCUUUGUUUCCCAGUUACAGGAACAAGAAAGCCAUGUUAAAGAUUCAAUCCAGAAUAUAUACCUAAGUUUGAUAGAAGAGGUGCUUACAUAUGUAACAACUACAUCACAGUAUGCCGAGGGACAAACCCAAGGUACUGCAGGGAAGUUUUGGCGUGCACUCUUGCAUCGUACAUAUGACAUCAUUGACAAGGUCAAUCAGUUGUUACCACCAGGGGUGUUCGUAGGUGUGAUUCGUCAACUGCUUAGCAAUUCUAAUUCAACUGUCAGAAGAAAAGCAAUGGAGCUGUUGAAUACCAAGCUGGGACACAGAACUAUUCAUCAACAGACACAGGUUGAUGAAUUCAUUCAGCUGGUGGAGGAUCUCUUGUCUCUAGUCAAGACAUGCGAUAACAGUGAAACACCAGUCAACAGGCAGACUGCUCUGUACAGUCUAAAGCUGCUGACUAGAACCCUAGGUGAACAGCAACCUGCUAUGUUUACUAAGGUGCUUGAAACCUGCAUUGAAGUUUUCACCAACAAAAAUGAAAACUCCCAGGUGUCAUCUAAUGCCUUGCUGUGUCUUGGUGAAGUAUGCACAGCCCUCAAGGCUAAUGCCAUCUCCUACCUACCAAGAUUCAUGCCAAGACUACUAGAGCUGCUGCAAACAACAGGACAGGACAGGAAUGUCCUGAUAUUGCUGUGUUCAGUCGUUACGUUACAUAAGGUCACAGAGACAUUACCUAAUUUCCUCAGUCCUUACCUUGUCAGCAUUCUACAGAGGGUCACAUGUCCUUCUCUGAACACCCUCAACAAUUCAGAAAAAGACGAGAAGAAAUCAAGUCUCGAAGUUCAGUUGCAAGAUAAUUUGAGCGCCCUAAGGAAAGACAUCGCACAAGUGAUAACAGCACGUGUCCUAAUCCCUGCUGUAUCCAUCUGCUAUGAUAGUAUAGUCAAUACAAGUCACGUGUCUAUUCCACUGCUGAUUGGUAUUGUGCACGAGGCAAUCACGUGCAUGGAUAAGCGUGACGUCACUUCCCAUCAAGAACCGCUCUUCAAGUUCUUUUUAGUCGUGCUGGACUUCCGUGUGGUUGAACCACAGUGUGAACCAGACAUCUUGGAAGACGUAGAGAGUAUUGUCAUUAGCACCAUCUGUGGUCUUGUUAUCAAAAUGUCUGAAGCAACGUUUYGUCCAAUGUUUCUCAAGCUUGUGGACUGGGCUACCAGAGGCAAUGCUGACAGGGAUCGUCUGUUGGUGUUUUAUAGACUGUGUGACAGCCUUGCUGAUAAACUCAAGAAGCUGAUGGUCCUGUUCGCUGGUUACAUCAUCAAGAACUGUGCUCUUCUGUUAGACGCUAAUAACAUUACUAAAACAGAAGAGCCAUUCUAUGUGGUUCAAGGUGUGCAAGACAAACAAGCAUCAUCAGAUCAUGACAAGUCUUGCCUUCUGAUCAACAACAUCAUGGAUUGCCUACAGAAAUGUCUGCUGCAUUCCACACGAGGCUUCAUGGAUAAGGAAAGAUUCAACUGUCUGAUGCAACCUCUAGUAGACCAGCUCGAGAACCAGAUGGGAAGCACCAGUGAAUUCCAGGAACGAAUAACUAAUCACGUGGUUCCAUGCUUGGCUCAGCUCGCAGUGGCUGCUGGGAGUGAUGCUGAAUGGAAGCCUUUAAAUCAUCAAGUGCUGCUAAAGACACGUCAUUCAUCCCCACAGGUUCGUUUCGCUGCUCUCAAGGCUCUCGAGGAGUUUUAUCGACAACUUGGAGAAGAGUUCGUUGUUCAUUUGUUACCAGAGAGUCUACCCUUCUUAGCUGAACUAAUGGAAGAUGAGUGUCCAGAAGUAGAAGAGCAAUGUCAGCAUGUUGCGCAACAGAUAGAGUCAAUUAUCGGGGAACCGCUACAGAAAUACCUUGAAUCGUAAAAUGAUGUACUGACAAGUUAGUGAGAUUAAAGUCAGUGGAAUCGAGAGAUGAUUUA